UAUAAUAAAAUUAGAAGAGCAAGGUCAGUAUUGUUUUCGAUGAAUUCCACUUUAGAUUCAUCAGAUUAUCUUCAACCUGAUAAACAAGAAGUUUAUUCACCACAAAUGCCAUCCUACCACGAUAUUUCAGACGUUACAAAACGUAGAAGCUCAAAUCGUUCGAUUAAACGUAAGAAAUUCGAUGAUGAACUUGUGGAAUACAGCCUUGGGCUCCCCUCUCAAGUUGCUGCUGUUAAGACACCUCGUUCAAGAACUCAGCCUUCUCACACAGCUGAAACACCAUUACCAGCACCUACAACGCCUCAAGUUCCGGUACCUAGCACCUCAACUCAAGUUGAAAUAAAACGUCGUCCUCCAUCUAAAUCUUUUAGCAGUAAACGUAAUAGAAAAGGUCGCCAACAAAAUCAAGUUGCUACUAAAGAUUUGGGGCGGUGGAAACCAACAGAUGAUUUGGCGUUAAUUAUUGGAAUUCAGCAAACUAAUGACUUGAAAAUGGUUCAUUUGGGGACGAAAUUUUCGUGUCGUUUUACUGUACAAGAACUUCAACAGCGAUGGUAUGCUUUAUUGUACGAUCAUGCUGUUUCUCGUGUUGCUGUGGCUGCUAUGAGGAAUUUACACCCUGAUAUGGUAGCUGCUAUACAAGAGAGAGCUCUUUGGAGUACUCAGGAAGAGCAAUUGCUCGGUUCAAUCAAAUCAGUUAGUUCAGACAAGUUUCAGGCAAAUCCGGAUAUUUCAGUUUUUGUAAAUCUCUUGGCUGAGCAUCCAGACGUUUUUCAUUCAGCUAGAACCCCGAUCGCCCUUCAAAGACACUGGGGAAGCAUGCGUCUCUAUCAUUUACUUCCCGAUCAAAAUUUAAUUGCUUUGCCUUCUGCUACAAAGCCUUGUUUAGCAUUUAGCGACGCUGAAGAUAUGAUUCAAGAUCAGGAAUUAAGCGAACCCCCAGACGAAGCUUUAGAUAGGGAAAUGCGUCUACAACAAAGACGUAGUAUUAAAGAAAUUCGUCAGUUGGAGAAUGAAAUUGGUCGUUGGAACGUUUUGGUUGAUAGUGUCACGGGGGUUUGUCCUGGAGAAAUGGAUGGUAAAACUUUGGCGGUUUUAAGGGGGCGAAUGGUUCGAUAUUUAAUGCGUAGCCGUGAAAUUACUAUUGGAAGAUCCGCGAAGGGGCAUAAUGUUGAUAUCGAUUUAUUUUUGGAAGGGGCUGCUCAUAAAGUUAGUAGAAGACAAGGAACUUUACGGUUGAGAAAUACCGGCGAGUUUUAUUUAUCAUCCGAAGGAAGGAGGCCGAUUUUCGUUGAUGGUCGUCCGAUUACAACUGGAAAUAAAGUUCGACUUUACGAUAAUUCGGUUAUUGAAAUAGCUACACUUAGAUUUAUUUUUUGUAUUAAUCAAGAUUUGAUAAGAGUGAUUCAUAAUGAGUCUGUUAGGUUAAAUAUUCCUCCAUAAAUCUACUUAAGGGGGGAAUCUUUUUUUCUAUUAAAUAAAGUAAUAUCUUUCAGAAUUUUUAGCUCCCAAA